AUCUUCAAGCUUACUUACCAACCUCUGCCUUCCUGAAACUCUCUCAGAAGCAAUCGUCGGUCACAAUGAUUUGGUCUGUCUUUGGAGCUAUCCUUUGUCUUUCACUACCAUGUUUGGCCAUUGAAAGUCGGCAGCUCGAUGGAAAUGGAGAUUAUACUCUGGGCAAAAGAUGGGCAAUCUUGGUUGCUGGAUCCAAGGGUUAUGAAAACUAUAGACACCAGGCUGAUGUAUGUCAUGCAUACCAAGUCCUAAGGAAAGGAGGAUUGGAUGACAAUAACAUUAUUGUUUUUAUGUAUGAUGAUAUUGCACACAGUCAAAACAACCCUAGACACGGGAUCAUAAUCAAUAAACCAAAUGGUGAAGAUGUCUACAGAGGAGUUCCUAAGGAUUAUACUGGGGAAAAUGUGACCUCAAGCAACUUUUAUGCUGCCAUCCUUGGAAACAAAACAGGACUUACUGGUGGGAGUGGGAAGGUUGUGGAUAGCGGUCCAGAUGAUCAUAUCUUUAUAUACUAUGCCGACCAUGGCAGUACUGGACUUCUCGGAAUGCCCAAUGGUGAAGACAUUGUUGCUAAAGAUCUCAUAGAAGUGCUGAAGAAGAAGCAUGAUGCCAACAGUUUCAAAAACAUGGCUAUCUAUGUCGAAGCUUGUGAGUCUGGAAGCAUGUUUGAAGGGCUUCUUCCUGACAACUUGAACAUUUAUGCAGUUACAGCGUCGAAUGCUGAGGAGAGCAGCUGGGGAGCAUACUGUCCUGGAUAUUAUCCCAGUCCUCCCUCAGAAUAUGAUACUUGUUUGGGAGACACUUUUAGUAUUUCUUGGCUAGAGGAUAGUGACAUACAUGAUCUAAGCCAGGAGACACUAGAGCAACAAUAUAAACUGGUUAGGAGGAGGACAGCAGCAGAUAAUUUAGAGCAGAGUUCCCAUGUCAUGCAAUAUGGAAAUUUGAAGCUUCAGACAGAUUUUCUGUUCUCAUACCUCGGAACCGACCCAGUAAAUGAUGGCUUUGUGCUUUCUUCUGAGUCCCCAAGUUCACCAUUACCUUCAAGAGCCAUCAGGCAACGUGAUGCAGCUCUCCUUCAUUUCUCGCAUAAGCUCCACAAAUCUCCUGAAGGCACUCAGGAAAGGAUUGAAGCUCGGAACAAGUUAAAUGGUGAACUUUCUCAUAGAAACCGCAUUGAUAGAAGCAUAAAUCGUAUCACAACGGUUUUAUUUGGAGAUAAAAUUGCCACAGAAGUGUCAAUGAAUUCUGUUCCGUCUGAUGGGCAACCUCUUGUUCGUGAUUGGAAUUGCUUCAAAAUGCUUGUGAGUAUAUGUAUAGUUUUUAUAAAACUAUUGUGACAAAUUACUUUGUUGUUGUUGUUUUUUUUUUUUUUUUUUUUUUUUUU